CCCUCUCUGGCAGUGACCUCGACCCACUUUCUGGGUUCUGAUUUUCGCUACCAAUCUGCUUCCUGGCUUACGGAUUUGUUCCUAACCGCUGCCCGCUCCUGGCUCCUCCUCCCCACGCUUAGAUUCCACUCUCACCCCGCCUCCAGGGGUUGUCAGUCCAGCCCCUCUGGGACUGGCUCAUUGGGACUGGCUCCGCCCCUUUCAGCCCAGAUUUCCCUCUCGCCCCGCCUCUAUGGAUGAGGCUCCGCCCCUCCAACUGGGUUCUAGCUCCGCCCCGACGCCUGCUCUCGGGCCCUGCUCCCUGCUUUGUCAGGCAUCUGGAGACUCCUGCAUUGUCCUGGGCCAGACUCAGCGGGUGGUCGGGGCACUGUGGAGUAUCAUGCAGUUCCAGCGGGGCCCGAGCUGGGGCCGGAGCCGCAGCCGCUCCAGAGAGCUCUACCUGCAGGAGCAGAGCUUCAAGGUGGCCGCACUCAAUGGGCAGAGGAUGGGCCUACAGGAUGACAAGGACCUACAGGCACUGCUGAAGGGCAGCCAGCUCCUGAAGGUGAAGUCCAACUCAUGGCGGAGAGAGCGCUUCUACAAGCUGCAGGAAGACUGCAAGACCAUCUGGCAGGAGUCCCGCAAGGUCAUGCGGACCCCAGAGUCCCAGCUGUUCUCCGUCGAGGACAUUCAGGAGGUACGGAUGGGACACCGCACAGAGGGCCUGGAGAAGUUUGCCCGGGACGUGCCCGAGGACCGCUGCUUCUCCAUCGUCUUUAAGGAUCAGCGCAACACCCUAGACCUCAUUGCCUCCUCGCCAGCUGACGCCCAGCACUGGGUGCAGGGUCUGCGCAAGAUCAUCCAUCACUCCGGCAACAUGGACCAGCAGCAGAAGCUGCAGCACUGGAUUCACUCUUGCUUGCGAAAAGCUGACAAAAACAAGGAUAACAAGAUGAGCUUCAAGGAGCUGCAGAACUUCCUGAAGGAGCUCAACAUCCAGGUGGAUGACAGCUACGCCCGCAAGAUCUUCAGGGAAUGUGACCACUCCCAGACCGACUCCUUGGAGGAUGAGGAGAUCGAGGCCUUCUACAAGAUGCUGACCCAGCGGAAGGAGAUCGACCGCACGUUCGCGGAGGCUGCAGGCUCAGGGGAGACCCUGUCGGUGGAUCAGUUAGUGAGGUUCCUGCAGCACCAGCAGCGGGAGGAGGCGGCGGGGCCUGCGCUGGCCCUGUCCCUCAUCGAGCGCUACGAGCCCAGCGAGAAAGCCAAAGCACAGAGGCAGAUGACCAAGGACGGCUUCCUCAUGUACCUGCUGUCGGCCGACGGCAGUGCCUUCAACCUGGCGCACCGGCGGGUCUACCAGGACAUGGGCCAGCCGCUCAGCCACUACCUGGUGUCCUCCUCGCACAACACUUACCUGCUGGAAGACCAGCUAAGGGGGCCCAGCAGCACCGAAGCCUACAUCCGGGCGCUGUGCAAAGGCUGCCGCUGCCUGGAGCUGGACUGCUGGGAUGGCCCCAACCAGGAGCCCAUCAUCUACCACGGCUACACUUUCACCUCCAAGAUCCUCUUCUGCGACGUGCUCAGGGCCAUCCGGGACUAUGCCUUCAAGGCGUCCCCGUACCCCGUCAUCCUGUCCCUGGAGAACCACUGCAGCCUGGAGCAGCAGCGCGUGAUGGCGCGACACCUGCAUGAUACUCUGGGCUCUAUGCUGUUGGACCACCCGCUGGAAGGUGCCACCUCCAGCCUGCCUUCCCCUGAGCAACUGAAGGGGAAGAUCUUGCUGAAGGGGAAGAAGCUAGGGGGACUCCUACCCCUCAGUGUGGAAGGUGGCCCUGAGGCCACUGUCGUGUCAGAUGAGGAUGAGGCUGCCGAGAUGGAGGACGAGGCGGUGAAGAGCCGAGUGCAGCACAAGCCCAGGGAGGACAAGCUCAGGCUAGUGAAGGAGCUCUCCGAUAUGGUCAUUUACUGUAAGAGCGUCCACUUCCGGGGCUUCUCCAGCCCCGGCACCCCAGGCCAGGCUUUCUAUGAGAUGGUGUCCUUCUCUGAGAACCGUGCCCUCCGGCUGCUCCAGGAAUCAGGAAACAGCCUUAUCCGCCACAAUGUGAGCCACCUGAGCAGGAUCUACCCUGCAGGGUGGAGGACGGACUCCUCCAACUACAGCCCCGUGGAGAUGUGGAAUGGGGGCUGCCAGAUCGUGGCCUUGAACUUCCAGACACCUGGAGCAGAGAUGGACGUGUAUCAGGGCCGCUUCCAGGACAAUGGGGCCUGUGGGUACGUGCUGAAGCCUGCCUUCCUGCGAGAUCCCAACUCUGCCUUCAACCCACGUAACCUGGCUCAGGGGCCCUGGUGGACCCCAAAGCGGCUCAAUAUCAGGGUUAUCACAGGGCAGCAGUUGCCAAAAGUCAAUAAGAAUAAGAAUUCGAUCGUGGACCCCAAGGUGACCGUGGAGAUCCACGGCGUGGCCCGGGACAUGGCCAGCCGCCAGACUGCAGUGGUCACCAAUAAUGGUUUCAACCCCUGGUGGGACACGGAGCUCGAGUUCGAGGUGGCGGUGCCUGAGCUUGCCCUCGUGCGCUUUGUGGUAGAAGAUUACGACGCUUCCUCCAAGAACGACUUCAUUGGCCAGAGCACCAUCCCCCUGAACAGCCUCAAGCAGGGAUACCGCCAUGUCCACCUCUUGUCCAAGAACGGAGACCAGCACCCAUCUGCCACCCUCUUUGUGAAGGUGUCCCUCCAGGACUAGGCUUGGGGGUGAGCCAGGCCUCUGUCUGCGUCCAGGGGCAGGGCAGGGGCAGCUGUUCCAACCUCCGGUGCAGAGCUCGGAGCUCGAGGCCCCAUGCUGCCUUCAGCUCUAACUUAUCGUCUGUGUGGCUGCCUCUCCAGGGUCCCGGGAGCCUCUUCGGGCCCUGGGUCUGCGAUGGUGUCUUUAGGGACAAUGCUGCAGCUCUCUCCACCCUCUGGCUGGCCCUCGGUGAGGGUUUUUAUAAAAAU